CUUUAUUUCACUUACAUGUACGUACUUGAAUCGAAUCGUUGAAUCAAAAUUAGACAUUUUCGACUGUGGUUUGGAUGUGGGUUGUUUUACAGUCAGUUAGGUGUUUUGAGACUUAUAAGAUUAUUUUAAUUAAAUAACAUGUGGAUUUACUUUUCAUGUUAAUUUAUACUGAUUUGAAGAAUUCGUAAAUAAGUUAUAAUGAGUGUUUUAACGACAAUAGUGAAACUUGUCAAGAAAAACCUGAUGAAAAUUGAUCCAGUUGUGAAGUCAAAAUAUGCCGGUUAUGCAAAAUUAGUAGAAAUUGGGCGCCUGGAGCCACUGAAGACGACCGGGAACUAUGAGACAGGCCAAUUAUUUCUGCACAAAGUGUUUGGCUAUAGAGGAGUCAUACUGUUCCCCUGGUUAGCCAGGGUGUAUGAUAGAGACAUCCCUAACAAGAAACCAAAAACGAUAGAACCAGAAAUGCCUUCAGUUACAGGUAAAGAAGUCAAAAGUAAGACACACACUUACUACCAAGUGUUAAUUGAUGCCCGUGAUUGCCCUUUCAUAACUCUCUACCGGGCGAACUACCAGAGGUGGAGAUUUAGUAAAGAGUUUCUGCAAGAAAGGGCUCAAGCUGAAGCGGUGACUUUCUUGGGCAAUCAGGACAGUAGCAGAAGCCUGUACGCUAUACCUGGAUUAGACUACGUUGCUCAUGAGGAUAUUAUACCAUACAAAACCACCAACAAACAGCCUCUCCAACACGAACUCUUUGAUAAAUUCUUGGUGCAUCAACCAGAUAAAGAACCCCAAUAUGGUGCUUUGGAGACCCUUCGGGCCUGGCAGCAGAAGAACCAUCCCUGGUUGGAGUUAUCUGAUGUCCACAAAGAAACUACUGAAAAUGUGAGAAUUACGGUGAUCCCUUUCUACAUGGGUUGUAGAGAAUCUCCAACAUCAUCAGUUUACUGGUGGCGCUAUUGCAUCCGUCUAGAGAACCUCGGAGACAUGUCUGUUCAACUGAGGGAGCGUCACUGGCGGAUAUUCAGUCUGUCCGGAACACUGGAGACUGUCCGAGGGAGAGGAGUGGUGGGGCAGGAGCCUGUGCUCAGUCGCAGUCUUCCCGCUUUUCAGUACAGUAGCCACGUCAGCUUGCAGGCACCGAGUGGUCACAUGUGGGGUACCUUCAGGAUGGAGAGAGAGGAUGGGUAUACAUUUGAUUGCAGAAUUCCUCCAUUCUCUCUGGAAAGUAAAGGUGAUGAGACUACUUCUUCAGGGACUCCAACCAGUUCAGAAUCCGAAUAGUCCACGAUGUAGCUGGCCUGACCAUCAUAAUCUUUACUUCUAAUUCAUUUUCAAUAUUUAUGUUUUUCAAAGGGGAUCAGAAACUUUGCUCUGCCAAAUCUUUUAGAAUUGUAUUUUUGGCAUAACUUUAUUGGUAACCGGAUGAUUUUAAAGCAUUGAUCGACUCGAUGCUCGGCUCGAAUUUAAUUAACUAAUUUACACGUAUGGCUUGUAAGGUUAACAUGUUAUGACAAAUUUACGCUCAGCAAGUGAGAGAUUCAAUUCUUACUUAAAUUUUAUAUAUAUAUGUUAACUUACCCUUGUUUUAACUGAUAGUUGUUCAGGAUUAUAAUUUAAUAUAGGAAGUAUGUCGGGUUAGUUUUGGUUUUUUUUAUUUUGCAAAGUAACUUUGCGAUUUUUAAUUAAGUAAAAGGAACUAUACAUUAUGAUAAUUCCUUCCAAUAAAAUCAGCUAAGUUCUGAAUUUGACUAAAUAUUUUUAUUAUUGCUAUUAACAAUAACAUUGGAUACCAAUAGACAGACACUAAGAGUACAAUUUGAUACUCUUAUCACAACACUAUUGAAACAUACAUCACAUUGAUUCACCAGUUUUCUCCAUUGCCAACACCAGUGUUUAAAAAUGCUGGUGUCCCAAUUUUAUUAUAGAAACCCGCCAAUGUUAUAAAAUGCCUGUGAUGCUAAAAAAACUUUUAAGAUGGUUGUUAAACCCUUUGGCGUUCUUAAAUUUUUAGCAAACUCUGGCAAUCUUAAAACUGCUGUUAUAUAUCGAUUCACAAAAUCUGUAUAAAAGCAAUGAAACCGUUAUUCAAUAUUUAACACAAGCAACUUAAUAAUAAUGUGUCAUAAUUUUCUUUAUAAAAUCUGUCUUUGUAAUGUUUAAUCAACAUUUUAAUGUUUUAACAAAUGUAUUAUUUUUUUAUGAUGCAAAGAUUUAAAAUUAUAAUUCCUUUAUCUAGUACUUAAUAUUAAAAAUUGUUCAUGAGUUGUACUGAAUUGAAUUCAGUAGUAUUGAAUUAUAUUUGGGUAAAAUUCAUACCUGUACUGUACUGAACUAAACAGGCACAAACUCAUAGCUUUGUUAUUUUUCCCCAGGAGAAACUAAGUUCAUUUCGUAACUGCUAAAAUGUUCAGGUCUGUCUACAAUGUCUUGUCACACACAUAAUUCAAUGUAAUUGUUUUGUUUGAAAGGAAUUGUUUAAUUACACCCUAUUAUUUUGAACUAAAUAUAAAAAUUGUUUUAGCCAUACAUUGCUUUUAAUUUAGUUGAAUUGUAGUUAAUUACCUAAUAUCCAAAAUGUAAUGUAUAGUAUUAUUUAAGAUUUUGUAGAAAGUUGUAAACAUGUUAUUUUGUUUGUUUCCCUAGAUUGUUCUUGUAAAUUUGCAUAGAAUUGUAAAUAACUUGUUAAAUAAAAUUUUUUGAAAUAAUUGAAC